GUUGCAGUUUUUGCUGCUGAGAGCAGCAGUCAGUUGGUGCAGCCACUUGAGUCACAGCUUGUUGAUCCUGAGGAGGCAAAACUAGAAAGUGAGGUUCAGAAAGGAGGCCCUGUGCACGAGGAGGAGGAGGGCAUGAAGCAGUGCCAGUUGCCCACAGCCACAUCUGCAGAACAGCAAGUACCAUGGUUUGGCUUUGAGAAAGCUUGUACAUUUGUGAGCCAGAGUGGGAAAAAUGUUGUUGUACGAUGCAAUUACUGCCUUCCAAGGAUCAAAAAUCUGAGAUCAGCUGUUUCCUCCUCAUCCAAUGUGGAGAAGCAUUUCGAGGUCAGCCUUUAUCAUGCUGGUCCUCAAAGAGUGUCCAUUGUCUAUUUAUGUUUAAAUUGUGAAGUGCCUCUUCCAUUUUUUCUUGGAUUCAUGCUUUGUUCUUCUUCCUCAGAGGGCACACCCUGAGAAGCUGAGAGCAAUUGAAGAAGCAAUAAAGGCAAGGAGACAUGGCCAUCCUGAACCAAUGCAUGAUGCCCCUCCUUCCAAAAUGCUGAAGCAGCAGCAGACAACCCUUGAGAGGUGGGGAUCUGGCAGGGAGGCUGUCACCCAGAGCAAUCUCGACAGGAAAAUCAUUGAUUUCAUUGUAGAGGAGACAUUACCACUUCAGACUGUGGACAAACCAUCAUUCAUUAAUCUGGUUUGCAUUGGACUCCCCAAAGAUCUCACCAUCAUAUGUGCCAAGACUCUGAGAGGCAGAAUUGAGAAGAGAGCAUGCCACAUGAGAGAAACUCUUGCAAACCGAAUGGGUGCUGUGGCAUAUAUAGCAACCACUGCAGAUUGUUGAACCAAUGGCAAGAAGAGUUACUUUGGGGUAACAGCCCACUGGAUCAACCCAGCUACCCUGAAACGUGAAGUCAGGGCCUUGGCUUGUAAGUGUCUGAAGGGGUGCCAUACAUAUAAUGUCCUUUCAAAAGCACUGCAUGAUGUACAUGUGCAGUACAGUAUUCACAACAAUGUUAUGUGCACUACUACAGACAAUGGCUCCAACAUUAUGAAAGCAUUCAGAGUUUUCAUGGCCAAAGAACCAGCAGAAGCUGCAGGCACCAGUGCAAAUGAUGGUGAUAACCAGGAGGAGGAGACUGAGGUGGAGUUUGUGCCUAUCUGUGAGAUCCUGGACACAAGACCUGAGGCAGAGGAAGAAGCUGCAGACUCAGAUGAUUUUGUUUUACCACCACACCAGGGAUGUGCUAGCCACACCCUGAACCUUGUGGCAACACAAGACAUAGAGGCCAUGCUUUCUGACUCCUCCAAAAGUAGUCUUCUUGGUUCUUCAAGAAACAGUUUCGUUUCUUGAUGGGAAAGUGCAGCAAGUUGUGGUCCAGGCAGAACCAGUCAGCACAGAUUGCUGAGUAUAUCCAUGCAUAAUGUGGUGUGUAUCUGAAGGUACCGAAUAAGACCAGGAGGAAUUCCACCUUUCAUGCGUUGAAGCAACUACAUGAGCUCCUGUCAACUGUGCCACUAAAAAUGCAUGCCAUAAUGGACCACUGCUCCUUGUCCAGGAUCACAGCUGCUGAGAUUGAAGUGGUACAGGAAUACACAGAGAUUAUGGGGCCACUAGCCCAGUCCCUAGAUAUCCUGCAACGGGAGAAUGGCAUGUUCAUGGGGUAUUUGCUACCAAUUCUCUACAGUCUCGAUUGCAAGUCAGAAGGGCUGGAAAACAAACCUGAGAGGUACACAUACUGUUUUCAGCUGCUGAGAGGUGUGCACGAAGCCCUGAGAAAGCGGUUUGCAGCUAUCUGGGAGGACAAGAGGCUUCUUCUGGUGGCCUGCCUACACCCUUGCUUCAGACUAGAGUGGCUGGAAUCGUGCCAGGCAACCACCCAUACUAGCAAAUACACAAUGGAAGCCUUGUUGAAAGCUGAAAUAAAGAUGGGUGCACUUAAUGAGGACAGUGAUCAGUCUUCAGACAAAGACCAGGAAGGAGAUGAUUUGGAAAAUGACUUCUUUAACUUCCAGCCCCAGGGCAAGACGUCAGCAGUGGACACUGUUGAUGAGGAAUUGUUGAGGUACCUGAGGUCUCCCAGCUGUGACCUGUCAUCACUCUAUGGUUUUCCACAUGUGCUGCGUUGUUUUUUGCAGCACAACACGGGCAUGCCUUCAAGCGCCGCAGUAGAACGCCUGUUCAGUACUGGUGGCAACGUAAUGACUGUAAAAAGACAUUCCUUGUCUGACGUGCUCUUUGAGCAUCUUGUUCUUUUGAAACAUAACAGAAAUGUAUUAUAAAAACAGCAUUUCAAGUGUAAAAUUUGAUUUCAAGUGUUGGGGUAUCAUCAUUGCUUGGGGGGGCAUGUGAGAU